GCCAACACACCUCACCCUUCCUAUUUAAACACCCCUCUUUGCCUCUCACAACCCAACCCAAAACAAAACCAACCCUUCUCUUUCUCCAAUUCCCAAACUCGUUGUGAAUGGUAGAAACCCUAAUUAGAUUCGAUUUAAUGCGCUCCCUUUUGCCGUCGAGGGCGAGCGCGCUUCUCCUCCCUGUUCCCUCCACAUUCGGUUCUUGCAAGCGUGCCUGGUACUACCGCUGCCUAGGCCUCGACCCCUGAACACCCCCUUCAUUGAUUCUCAAAUCGGACCCAGAUUCAGUUCCUUUGUUCUUGGGUCGUGCUUCCUUUUUUCAUUAUUUGUUUCCUCGAUCGCUGCUUUUUUAAUCUUUGUGUGGUUCAUUUGGGGAUUUUGAAACGAUGUUGCUGAGCAAGCCCAAGAAGAAUCAGAACGUCAACGCCAGAAGGCUCUUGAUCAGCAUCAAUGUGCUGGGAAGCGCCGGCCCUAUUCGCUUCGUCGUCAACGAGGAAGAGCUUGUGGCGGCGGUUAUUGACACCGCCCUCAAAUCAUACGCGCGUGAGGGAAGGCUUCCCGUUCUGGGAUCCGACAUCGCUUCUUUCGCGCUUUAUUGUCCACAUCUCGGAUCCGAUGCUUUGAGUCCUUGGGAUUCAAUUGGAUCACAUGGGGCUAGGAAUUUCAUGCUGUGCAAGAAGCCACAGACAUCAACGGGUGUAGCCGACGCGGAUGGAACCGCGAGUGGGACUGGUGCUACGCUUUCCCGCAGAGGGAGUGGGAGCUGGAAGGCUUGGUUCAACAAGUCCCUCAACCUUAAGAUUUCUUCCCAUUGAUUCAUUCAAUAAAACAAUGGGGUAAUUGAGAGUGCCUUUUGUGGUGUCGUCUAUGCCACUUUCGUGUAUUCCUUGGUUGUUUUUGUUUAUGUUCUCGCUAGCAAGAGAACUCUCUUUAGGAGAUUAAUAAUUAAUAAACUUUUUC